AUGCGGUGCCCUGAGGGCACCCGAGGUUUCCCACAGAGGGGGAAAUCUGCCCCGGUGGGUCUGCGCCAGUCAGAAAUAGAAGCCUACGACUUAAUUCUGCAAUUUAUAGAUAAAGAAGACAUGUCCCAGAUGGACAAGCUGAGCUUUCUCAGGGCGGUGGAGACCUUGAGUGGUGCUGUACGCACCCAGGCAGAUGGCUGCGUGGACGAUUACUAUCCCCAAACCAUCCUGGCCAAGAAAAUUGAGAAAUUAAUCCUGCAAGAAUCUACUGCGAGUUUGGACAGCAACAUUCUUCAGCAAGCCAUGCUGUGCACCGUGGCCCUGAGCCAGGUGAACCCACCUUUCAACUUAUCCCAGAAGCUGGACCUGGUCAAUGCUGCCGUAUCCAUCGUAUUCUCUCUGCCGCUCAUCCUACCCAGCCUAGACAGAAAAGACAGCGCCAGUAUCUACAUCCAGACCAUCCAGGCCCUGGAUGAUAUGCUACAAGCACUGGUGAUGGAAGAUAUGAACCCCAAUAUGCUCAUACUGCAAAACUUCCUGGAGAUCGCUCUGCCUUGGGUAACCCUGUCAGACAAAGCACACGAGCAGAGCCGGGCCUUGGGCACUAUCUCCCGCUUGCUGAGGUUCAUUUGCAAUUUCCCUGAGCUGUUGCACAUGCCGCUUUUCUCCCUGAGCGGGAAACUGAUGGGCGUCCUGGGUCUCCUCUGUGUGCACUCCAGCCGCGAGGUCAGCACGGAGGCGUCCGAGACCUUGCAUUACUUGUUCAAGAUCCUUGUGCUCCAGAGAAGUGCAAAACCGGAGAUAGAAACCAUCUUGAAGGACUUACAGAAGCACUUCCGUGGACAGUGGUUCUUCAGCUUGCAGGACCUCGCACUGUUCUUCAAGAAUUACUUGACCCCUUCGGAGAGAGCCGAUGUGAUCGUAGUGGCCAUAGAAGCCAUGACCAGCGCCGACGUCCGCAACGUCCGCGCAGCCUCCAAGGUGCUGAAGGUCCUCCUCAAGCACACCGUUCCAGAAAUCGGGAAGGUGUCGGAGAUCAUUCAGUACAUUUACCACCACAUGAACCACGUCACGGAGCCCACGGCCCUGAACACCAUAAAGAAAAUCUUCCACCUGUUUACCCAAUCCUACACUGAUGAAGUGAUCUUGACACUGUUUAAGACAGAAGAUCGGUCACAAAAGGGGCUGCGGCAGCCUUGGGAAAUCCUGGCGUCCUUCCCCAAAGGCUACGAGCUGAUCCUGGAGCACCUGCUGCGGAGGCUCAAGCCGCCGGCGGCGCCCGGGGCGGGGGCGUCGGGCCGCAGGCCGGAGCUCUCCCCCCUCGCGGCCACCAGGGCCAUCCGGGAGCUGCUGUUGGAGCCCAGCCGGCGUCUGGAGGUGCAGACGUUCUUCUCGUCCCUCUUCCUGGCCUUGCUGUUCCGGGUCUCCUUUCUCGUGUUCGAAGGGAGGGCUGAGAUGAUGGAGGAGCGGCCCCACGACGCCGAGUGGGUGAACCCCAUCAGUUUUUCCACAGACACCCUGAGGACCUUGAUAAGCACCUCUGGGUACGGGUACCACGUGGCCCACAUCCAGGAUCUCGGGGGCUGGGAGCGGCUUGUCAAUCCUGAAACACACUACGAAGGAGUCACUCUGCUGGCCAGAUCCCUGGUCAUCAAGAACUGCUGGCACAACCGCCCCAUCUUCAGCCUCCUCAUCAGGACCCUGCAGGACCCGGACUGUGCCAGUCAUGUGACAGCCUUGGUGCUGCUGGCAGAGCUGCUGCACUGUCCAGAUGUGAUCUCCAAUGUGGAUGACAUUGCCGCCCAUAUUCUGGCGAGCUGGUUCAAGAGCGAGGAGCUGGCCACGGUGAAACCAUUGCUGCAGGUGACGGAGAUCUUCGCGAAGCACAAGAACAUGCUGAGGCGGCUGCACAUCCUGCAGCCCCACGUGCUGAACUGCUGCUACUCCUCCAACCCCGCCAUCGUGACGGAGACCUUCCUGACGCUGCAGCGCCUCCUCGGGGACCUCAAGUGGCAGUACUCGUCGUCCUUCCUCACCCAGCUGGCCUUCGUGCUGGCCACCUUCUUUGAGGCGGAGUCGGAGCCUCUGCGCUUGAUGGCCUUCCAGAUCUACGCGAGUCUCCUGGCCACGACCAGGAGGAGCGUCCUGACCUUCCCCCUGAGGCACCAGCUCCUCAACCUGGUGGUCCUCCUGGUGCUGCACACGAAGGACCGGAACGCGGAGGUGCGCCAGAUCUGCCAGUUCAGCCUCUGCAAGACAGCCACCAUCCUGGGCUGGUCCAGGCUCCAAGCAGUGUUUGCCAACAGCGAUGUGUUUACCAUCCUCAGAGCCCUGCUGCAGCAGGAGCCCAGCAAAGCCCCCUGGUUUCUGAAGCAGUGCACGGCCCUCUUCAAGAGCCCCCAGGCCCCCAUCCGCCAGCUGGCCGUGUGGUUUGCAGGCCAGAUCAUCCAGGUCCUGGGGCAGGACGACAUGGACGGGAUCGAGGACGAGUACGCCUCCCUGCGGCUCAUGGAGCGAGACCCCGACCCCGCCGUCAGCUGCCUCACCAGGCAGACCCUCUACGUCCUGGAGGCCAAGGACCGGCUGCAGCCGGCCCAGACCCACACCCUCGGCCUCUGCUGGAGGCGGCCCCGGAGGAGCAGCCCCUAA